GACGCAGAGUUCGUGCGUGCCGCCGUAGCUCGAGUGUUUGGCUCAGAGGCCGCAGGUUUCCGCUGUCAUCCUACACACAGUCACUACCUGCUGUCCAUCCUCACCGCAGAAUCCCGUUUGGCUGAAUAAACGCUUAAACUACUACUACCACCCCACACCGUACCGUGCUUAUUGGCAACAACCGACGCCAAAACACAGAAAUCAUGCCCGAAAGAAGGCCCUUCGUGCGGUUACCCACUGACGUUACCCCCGUCAACUAUGGCUUGUGUUUGAAGCCCGAUCUCAUUGACUUCACGUUUGAGGGGAAACUGGAGGCGCUGGUGGAGGUGACACAAUCGACAAAUCAGAUUGUGAUGAACUGCGCUGACAUCGACAUCAUCACAGCCUCGUUCUGUCCACAGGGAGCAGAAGAAAUUAACGCCACAGGUUUCAACUAUCAAAAUGAAGAUGAGAAAGUCACCCUGUCAUUUCCCAGUGCGCUACAGAAAGGGUCUGGCACCUUGAAGAUCGACUUUGUGGGAGAACUCAACGACAAAAUGAAAGGAUUCUACAGAAGUAAAUACACAACGGCGGCUGGAGAGGUCCGCUAUGCCGCUGUCACACAGUUUGAGGCCACAGACGCACGCAGAGCUUUCCCGUGUUGGGAUGAACCUGCCAUCAAAGCCACCUUUGACAUCAGCCUGAUCGUCCCCAAGGACCGCGUCGCCUUGUCAAAUAUGAAUGUGAUCGAUCGAAAGCCAUAUCCAGAAGAUGAGAACUUGGUGGAGGUGAAGUUUGCCACGACCCCAAUCAUGUCCACAUACCUGGUGGCCUUUGUCAUCGGAGAAUACGACUUUGUGGAGAGCCAGUCCUCCGAUGGAAUCACAGUCCGGGUCUACACUCCUGUGGGGAAGGCUGAGCAGGGAAAGUUUGCACUGGAGGUCGCUACCAAGACGUUACCUUUUUACAAAGACUAUUUCAAUGUUCCUUAUCCAUUGCCUAAGAUUGAUCUUAUAGCUAUUGCUGAUUUUGCUGCUGGUGCCAUGGAAAACUGGGGCCUUGUAACAUACAGAGAAACGGCACUACUAAUCGACCCUAAAAACUCCUGUUCCUCAUCCCGCCAGUGGGUGGCAUUGGUGGUGGGACAUGAACUGGCUCAUCAGUGGUUUGGAAACCUAGUCACAAUGGAGUGGUGGACCCAUCUGUGGCUAAACGAGGGAUUUGCAUCGUGGAUUGAGUAUCUGUGUGUGGACCACUGCUUCCCGGAGUACGACAUCUGGACCCAGUUUGUGUCGGCCGACUAUACCAGAGCUCUGGACCUGGAUGCUCUGGAUAGCAGCCACCCCAUAGAGGUGAACGUGGGCCACCCUUCUGAAGUAGAUGAGAUUUUCGAUGCCAUCUCGUACAGCAAAGGAGCCUCUGUGAUCCGAAUGCUGCACAACUACAUUGGAGAUGAGGAUUUUAGGAAAGGAAUGAAUGCAUAUCUGGUGAAGUUUCAACACAAAAAUGCAGCAACAGAGGAUCUAUGGGAGUGUCUGGAACAGGCCAGUGGCAAACCCAUCGCUGCAGUGAUGAGCUCGUGGACCAAACAGAUGGGGUUUCCAAUCAUCGUAGUCGACCAGGAACAGCAAGGAGAAGAUCGUAUUUUAAAGAUCACCCAGAAGAAGUUUUGUGCCAGUGGGCCGCAGAGUGAGGCUGUAGAGGGAGAAUGUCCGAACUGGAUGGUCCCGCUCAGUAUCUGCUCCAGUGAAGAUGCCAAAUGCACCAAACUCAAGGUCCUGCUGGACAGACCCGAGACCACCAUCACUGUGAGCGGAGUGGGACCUGACCAGUGGAUCAAGAUAAACCCGGGCACAGUAGGCUUCUACAGGAUCCAGUACAGUUCGUCAAUGUUGGAGAGUCUCCUCCCGGGGAUCAGGGACCUGAGUCUGCAGCCUGUGGACAGACUGGGGCUGCAGAACGAUCUCUUCUCUCUGGCACGUGCGGGGAUGAUCAGCACAGUGGAGGUGUUGAAGCUGAUGGAGGCAUUUGUGAAUGAGCCAAACUACACGGUCUGGAGUGACCUGAGCUGUAACCUGGGCGUGCUCUCCUGUUUGCUCUCCCACACAGACUUCCACGAGGAGAUCCAGGCCUUCAUCAGAGACCUCUUUACCCCCAUCGGACAGAAGCUGGGCUGGGAAUGCAGACCUGGGGAAGGUCAUUUGGACGCUCUGUUGCGAGGGCUGGUUCUGGGUAAACUGGGAAAGGCAGGGCAUAAACCUACUUUAGAAGAAGCUCGUCGGAGGUUUAAAGAUCAUGUGGAGGGGAAACUGGUGCUGCCUGCGGACCUCAGGAGCCCGGUGUAUUUAACUGUGCUGAAACAUGGAGAUAGUGCCACAUUGGAGACAAUGUUAAAGCUGCACAAACAGGCCGACAUGCAGGAGGAGAAGAACCGGAUUGAGAGAGUUUUAGGAGCCAUCUCUGCCCCAGACCUGAUCCAGAAAGUGCUGACCUUUGCCCUCUCGGAGGAGGUGCGCCCCCAGGACACGGUGUCGGUGAUUGGGGGAGUGGCCGGGAGCAGUAAACAGGGACGGAAAGCUGCCUGGAAGUUUGUGAAGGACAACUGGGAAGAACUGUACAACCGCUACCAAGGAGGCUUCCUCAUAUCGCGACUCAUCAAGCUUACAGUUGAUGGGUUUGCAAUCGAUAAAAUGGCUACUGAAGUGAAGAGUUUCUUCGAGUCGCAUCCCGCUCCCUCGGCCGAGCGUACUGUUGAGCAGUGCUGUGAAAACAUCCUCCUGAAUGCUGCGUGGCUCAAACGUGACGCGGACGACAUCCACCAGUAUCUACUGCAGAGAAAGUCUGCUCCUUCGGAGCAAGAACCCAGGGCCACAGCGUUGCUUUAAGACUGAAACAAGCCAAGAAUCCAAGCGCCGCAAACACAGAGACUACACUUUUUACAGAAGUGGCAUGACAGUGAACUGGGAUUGUAGUUUGGAGUGCUCCCUUCUGCCCUCUGACAGCAAAAACAACUUCUUAAUAUAACUACUUUCUGCCUCAUAUGCAUCAUUUAAUUAAUUUACAGUAUUAUAUUCUUAAAUGGGAAACCCCUGGGACAUGAGGACUCCAAAUACUAAUUAUAAAUCAAUUGUAACAAACAAAGUGAUCCUCAGCUAAUUAACCAAUAGCCUUAUUACAAUCUGAACUAUAUAUAUAAAACUAACAGGCCUAAUACUAGAAAAGUUUUUUUUUUAAUCGAAAUGACGGUGCCAUUAUAAAAUCAAAAUGGCACAAGAAGAAUGUACAUGAUUUUGAUGAAAAAAAUUACCUUUAUAAAUUGUAAAUAUUUUCUACCAGAUGGUCUUCAGACUACAUUUUACCUUGAUCUGGUUAUUGAGUUCAUUAAAAAGCAUAAGGAAAAUUAAAUAAUAUAAGUAUCAGUUUCAAUAGAAGUAACCGUUUAACAAGUUGAAUAAGUGAAAUUGUCCACAACUAACAAUCCUUAACAGCCCUACUAUACAGCUUAGUCGAUUAGUUUACUUUCAAGACUCAUAAAUAUAUAUAUACAAUCACUUUUAUCAAUUGGAAUAAUAUCGAAGUUCAACAAGUCAUUUAUUUAUCUGUUUCUCAAUAUUCUACCAAACUGAAGUUGUGAGACGUGGACUCUAUCGCAGCUACUUGAAUAAACUACUCUAUUUUAUAACCACUAAUUUAUUGAUUUUUGCCUUACAACUAUUCAUUCACUCCACUUGCUCAUUAGAUCCUAAAACUGGAUAUUACAAUACAAUUUCUUCAUUAAACACUUUUAUAUCAAGUAUUUUAACAUCUGCUGUGAUUGUGCAGAAUGGGCCUUAUACCAAGAACAUAUUUGUGACUUCUAUAUUGCUAAUAAUCAAAGGUUAGCACUUGGAUGGCGGCGCUAGCAUGGUACUACAACGAACUGUAAAAUGCAAACUUUUCUUUUUGCGGACAGUGUUCCUUCAAGACUAAAACCAUCUCCUUUCCCAAUCACCUGGAAUUGUAUAGUUCGAAUCAGAAAUAUCAGCUUCCCUAAAUGAAAAAUGUUUUUACAAGAAAAAUGCAGUGAUUUAUUUACACAAAUCCUAUUUACUUGUAAGAAAAACACUACACAUCUUUUGGGGCCUUAACAUCGGCUACAAACAAGAUGAACUUCAAGCCUUAAAUUGGUCGACUGGUUGUGAUCAUUAUAUAAAAAAAAUGGUGAAUAAAUAAUAAGUUGUAUCUGAUGUGAUGAAAUAUGCAGACUUGUUGAAAAUAUAGUUUAUAAGAUUUUAAAUGUGAGGUUUGAAACUUAAGCCUGACAAUGAGACUUCCCAGAUCAUUUGUCAAUUUGUUUGUUUCUUUUUCUUUUGUUUAAACAGUUGGUGUUCAUUAAAGUGAAAAUGAAUUAUAAAA